UCUCCAAAGAACUCGUUAGAAAUUUACAAAUCAGUAGUGUAGUUAAUCAGUUUAUGAAUAGAAAUGCACGCAACGGCUUAUUUUAGUGUUAAACAUUUCUCAACAAUAUAGACUAAAAAUUGGAAUAUGUAAUACAAUCGGUGUAAAAUAUUUAUUUACACUGCCAUCGUGCGACUUUCUUGUUGAAACAAUCCGGCAUUACUAAUGUUAAUGUCAAUAACGAUACAUAAUUGUUAUUAACUAAAGGGGACUUCUACGUUGUUUAAUGUUAGAUACACAAGUACCAAGUGGAGACACAUUGACUGCAUGUAAAUAGACGAGGGUUUAGUUUGUGUACACACACAACAAUUCAUGCAAUACCCGGUGCAUGUAUGUUUUAAACACGUUUAUAUACGAGACAUAACAUUUAACUAUUUCAUAGUGUGAAAAUGAAGAAAAUCAGUAAUUUAAUACAUAAAAUGGCCAAUACACUGAGAGAAACCAAAAAUCGCCCCUUCAACGUAAUCGUGGAGGGAAACAUCGGAAGCGGCAAAACGACGUUUCUGAAUCAUUUCAAGCAGAACAACGAUGUUUGCGUCCUGGCCGAGCCCAUCGAAAUGUGGAGGAAUUGUAAAGGCUACAAUCUCUUGGGUUACAUGUAUGAGGAUCCGAAAAAGUGGGCCUUCACUUUCCAAUCCUAUGUGCAGCUAACAAUGCUUCAGCAGCACACAAAACCAAUCACCGAACCUGUGAAACUAAUGGAGAGAUCAAUUUACAGUGCUAGGUACUGUUUUGUUGAGAAAAUGAUGAGAGACAAUUUAUUAGCAGGACCGAGUGUAUCAGUGAUCCACGAAUGGUUUAAAUGGGUCACAACACAGGCUAAUAUUGAUGUUGACCUAAUUGUGUAUUUGAGGACGACGCCAGAAGUCGUGUACGAGAGGAUGAUGAAAAGAAAUCGUGCUGAAGAAAAGUCGGUACCGUUAGAGUAUCUCCAAUCCCUACAUGAACUUCAUGAGGAUUGGUUAUAUUAUAAAACUUUGCACUCCCUUCCUGCGCCAGUUGUCGUCUUAAAUGCCGACCUUGAUAGAUCUGUUAUAACCGACGAAUAUGAAAAAUGUGAGACUAUACUUACCAAAGAAGUUAUGUCAGCAAGAGCAUAAUUUAUGUAUAUUUUAUAGUAAUUUUCUAUAGUUUAUAGUACUUAAACGGCAUUGAAUGCCAUCGAAUAUAUGUGAAACUCCAUAUACAAUAUUUUAAGUUUAGAUGAAUAUAUAUUAUACAUUUUUAUUAAAUUUUCACAAACCGCAUUUAAUGUUGGAUAAAAUUUAUUGAUUCGAAUAUUAUGAAUAGAUCUGGAAUUAUUUUA